AUGGAGAAACCCCCACCAGAGAAAUCCGGUAGCUUUUCAAGAAAUGGCAAUGGCAAUCAAAUGGAUGACAAUUCUGGUCCUACAGGACCUGAAUCAAAGGCGGUCAAUGUGAAAUUAGAUUGUCAGCAACCAGGGGAGUUUGAGCAUAAUUCAAAGCUUGAAGAGCCUACUUCUGCUCCAGAAUUAAGCCUGCAUCAAGUUCGGGAAGACGUUGAUCGAUUUCUUGAAUCAUUAUCCACGACAAGUGAUGCAUCUAACAACCCACUAGAUGUUCCAAACUCCGUGGAAUCAUUGUUGGAAAUGAUCAACAAAUAUGAUUCCAAGGCAAAGUUUGGCCAAAAUAAAAAAGAAGACUCAUCAUUCAUUGAAUCUUUGAAUUGCAUUUCAAAGUUGAUAGAUGUUCUUGGCGAAUUCCCUUCUAAUUCCACAACAGCCUCCUGCUUCAACCGAGCCAGCACCAUCCUGCAUCUAGCCAUGUCCUUAUUAGACAGCGAGUUCCGUUCAAUUCUUGAAAGUUGCAAUCAGGGUAACAAUGCAGAUCUGAAAUCUCCAAAGCGAUCACAACAAUCAUCAUGCGGUUCCCGUCAGGAAUCUGAUCACUGUGUUGUACCAGAAUCCAAAUCAAGCGAAGGCAUGGAAUUCCCUGCAUAUGCACCAGAAGCAAUAUCGAACAUGAACAGAAUCGCCAAAGCAAUGAUCUCAUCAGGCUAUGAGAGUGAGUGUUGCAUGGCUUACAACAUGGCAAGGAGAAAUGCAUUCUCUAGCGAAUUGGACAAGCUCGGUUUUGAAAAUAUUAGCACCGAAGACGUACAGAGGAUGCAAUGGCAAUCACUGGAAGGAGUAAUCGCUACGUGGAUCACUGCAAUCAAGCAUUCUUCCUCAGUUCUCCUCUCAGGCGAGCGGAAGGUUUGCAGCUCCAUAUUUUCUGAGUAUCCAUUAAUAUCUCAGAGAUUAUUCAGCCAUACUGCAUUAGCAGUUGCUGUAAGGUUUCUCAAUUUUGCAGACGCAAUCGCAUUAACAAAACGAUCAGCUGAGAAAUUAUUCAAAAUUUUGGACAUGUAUGAGGCACUGCGCGACUUAUUUCCUCUGUUUGAUGAUGAUUAUUGUUCAAGUGAAUGCUUUGAAGAAUUAAAAUCUGAAAUCUGGGCUGCAAAAGGUCGGCUUGGAGAAGUGGCUGUGAGCAUCUUCUGUGAUUUGGAAAAUUCAAUAAGGAGAGACAAUGGCAGGACUCCGGUCCCAAGUGGUGCAGUUCACCCCUUGACCCGGUACACCAUGAAUUAUCUAAAAUACACCUGCGAGUACAGAGAAACAUUGGAGGAAGUGUUUCAGCAGCACCGGAAAAUGGAAGGAUUUGGCGAGUCAAAUGGGCCUGGAUUGGAUAUCAAGAAUGGAGCCAACGAUGAUGGGACUCCCAAGACCUCACCAUUUUCAGUACAGUUGAAUUCGGUUAUGGAUUUGUUGGAUGAGAAUCUUGACAUGAAAUCAAAGCUCUACAGGGAUCCUGCAUUGAGGUGUAUAUUCAUGAUGAAUAAUGGGAGAUACAUUCUGCAAAAGAUAAAAGGUUCCGAGGAAAUUCAUGAUAUGAUGGGAGACACUUGGUGUCGAAAGCGAUCAUCCGAUCUGAGGCAGUACCACAAGGCGUAUACAAGAGAGACGUGGACCAGAUUGUUGCAGUGUCUAAACCAUGAUGGUUUGCUGGUAAAUGGGAAAGUGUCCAAGACUAUAUUGAAAGAGAGGUUCAAGAUGUUCACCAGCAUGUUUGAUGAGAUACAUAAGACACAAAGCACAUGGGUGGUGAGUGACGAGCAGCUUCAGUCUGAGCUUCGGAUUUCGGUAUCGGCAGUGGUGACCCCGGCUUACCGUUCUUUUGUGGGGAGGUUCCAACAGUAUUUGGCACAUGGUAGACAAACAGAGAAGUAUAUAAAGUACCAACCUGAAGAUAUUGAGAAUUUGAUCGACGAAUUGUUUGAUGGAAAUCCUACGUCCAUGGCCCGGAGGAGGACCUAA